UCGGGCGGUCGGUUGUCAAACGCGGGCCGGACUGAUCAGGAGGCAGCAGGUGUUGAUUGGAGAUGUCCUGUCGUGAAAAUUCUGGAGGCAAGAUGACUUUGGUCAAGUUGCUUGUCUCCCUAUUGAUGCUACGCACACUUUGUGAAGCCUCUAAUCAGCCUCCCCGUUUCCAGAACUACUUCUUCCAGUCUUACCUGCUCAUCUAUGAGAACACGCCAGUGGGUACAUCUAUUACUCAGCUACAGGCGGUCGAUCCAGAUGGAGAGCCAUUGAUUUUCGGUGUGGUCGGGGAAGAGUCCAUGCGCUACUUCGCUGUGCAGGAGACGACAGGGGUGGUGUGGCUGAGACAGCCUCUUGACAGGGAGACCAAGUCAGAGAUGCAGGUGGAAUUCUCUGUCAGUGACAGUCAAGGAGUUGUCAAGGAUACGGUGAACAUACAGAUUGGAGAUGUAAAUGACAAUGCUCCAACAUUUCACAACCAGCCCUAUGCUGUUUCAAUACCAGAGAACACUCCAGUGGGAACGUCAGUGUUUAUGGUAAACGCAACAGACCCAGAUCAGGGCACGGGCGGCAGUGUGCUGUUCUCCUUCCAGCCUCUCUCUCCGUUCUUUGCCAUCGACGGGGCCAGAGGAACAGUUACUGUGACCAGAGCACUGGACUAUGAGACCACAGCCGCCUAUCAGCUCACUGUUAAUGCCACGGACCAGGAUAAACGUCGUCCUCUCUCCAGUCUGGCAAAUUUGGCGUUUACCAUCACUGAUGUUCAAGACAUGGACCCCAUCUUCACCAACCUCCCGUACAGCACUAAUAUAAUGGAGGACGCACCACCAGGUUAUGAAGUGCGUAAGAUCAGGGCAAUCGAUCAGGACUUGGGUCGGCCGCGUGGAAUCGGAUACACUAUCAUAUCAGGUAACACCAACAGCAUGUUUGCUCUGGACUACAUCAGUGGAUCUUUGACUGUGAGUGGACAGCUGGACAGGGAAAACCCACUUUACUCAUCCGGAUUCACCCUCACAGUGAUGGCCACAGAGUUGAAUGACGAUCGCACAACCUCGGCUGCCACAGUCAUGACCACCUUCACCAUCCUGCUGAUCGAUAAAAAUGAUAAUCCGCCAAGAUUCAACAGCUCUGAGUAUCGUGUGCUCAUCACAGAGCUCGCCCAGGUCGGCUUCGCUCUGCCUCUCUUCAUACAGGUCGAAGACAAAGAUGAGGGAGUGAACAGCAUGUUUCAGGUGGUGUUGACGGGGAAUAACUCUGAGCACUUCAGCAUCUCUCCCACCGCAGUGCAGGGCAGAGCUGACAUCCGUGUGCGUGUGGCUGUCCCGCUAGACUACGAAACCAUCAGGAGCUACAGCUUUUCUCUUUAUGCCAAUGAGUCUCUGUCUGAGCAUGUGGGGUUCGCUCGUGUCUUCAUCGACCUCAUCAACGAGAACGACAACAGGCCGAUAUUCAGCCAGACGCUUUACAACAUCAGUUUACCAGAGAGCACCGGUCCUGGAACAUCUUUGGUUCAGAUAAAGGCCACGGAUAAUGACUUGGACACAUUUGGAGUGGUUCGCUAUUUUUUCAGUGAUGAGCCAGACCAGUUCUCAUUGGAUGCUGUGACAGGCUGGGUGACUCUGAGAGAACGGUUGGAUUACGAGCUCAUGAGACGCUUUACUCUGACAAUAUUGGCUCGUGACGGAGGAGGGGAGGAGACUACGGGUCGUCUCCGCAUUAAUGUGAUGGAUGUAAACGACAAUGCACCAGUCUUCCAAAAGGAGGCGUAUGUGGGCUCACUGAUGGAGAACGAACAGGCACCACAGCAGGUCGUCCGAGCCCGGGCGACGGACGAGGAUUCUCCUCCCAAUAGCAUCCUGACAUACUCAAUCAUCUACGCCUCUAAGUUCAGGACAUAUUUCAGUAUCAGUGUGGUGGAGGGCUACGCAGUCGUCAUGGUGAAUCGUCCUCUGGAUUAUGAGCAAGCUCCUGGUGGAAUGAUCUAUCUGACUCUGAUGGCCAAAGAUGGGGGGAACCCAUCCCUUAACAAUACUGUGCCCAUCACCAUAGAGCUGAUUGACCAAAACGACAACCCUCCCGAGUUCAGCCUUCCAUCUUACAUUAUCAACAUACCAGAGAAUAUCGUAGCAGGAGCGACAGUGUUGUUUGUGAACGCCACAGAUCUGGACGCGUCUCUGGAGUUUGGUCAGGCCUCUCUCAUCUACUCCUUGCAGGGCAGCUCUCAGUUCAGACUCAACACUCGCUCAGGAGAGAUCACCACCACUGCUCUAUUGGAUCGAGAAGUGAAGUCAGAGUAUAUUCUGAUCGUACGGGCCGUGGAUGGAGGAGUGGGGCCGCAGCAGAAGACUGGCAUCGCCACGGUGAACAUAACUAUACUGGACAUGAACGAUAAUGUCCCCUUGUGGCGAGAUGAGCCAUAUCAAGUAAAUGUUGUGGAGAUGAGUCCUAUCGAUACUGACGUCAUUUCUGUAUUAGCAGUGGACCCUGAUUAUGGUGAUAAUGGGACGGUGGUGUACUCUAUAAAUCCAGAGAACCCAUUCUACACCAUCAACCGCAGUACUGGUAAGAUCCGCACCAGUGGAGCAGUCCUAGACAGAGAGAAUCGAGACACUAGAGCUGCUCAACUUAUGAGGACCAUAAUCGUCUCUGCUACAGACCGUGGAACUCCUCCACUGCACUCUUCAGCAAGUGCAACAGUGUAUGUGAACCUACUGGACCUCAACGACAACGAUCCUGGCUUUCUCAACCUUCCAUUUGAUGCUGAAGUACCGGAGGGGCUUCCUAUUGGUUCCUCUGUGUUCAGGGUGCAGGUGCAGGAUCCUGAUGAGGGUGAUAAUGGAGUAGUUAACAUGGCACUUCAGAUGGGAAUGCCACGUCUUGACUUCAGGCUAAACACCACCACUGGAAUCCUGGUUUCCACGGCAGUGCUGGACCGAGAGCAGAUCGAGCAGUAUUAUCUGAGAAUCAUUGUGUAUGACGCAGGCCAGUUUCCACGAACAUCCACCAGUACUCUCACAAUCUCAGUUUUGGACAUGAAUGAUGAGACGCCAACCUUUUUUCCUAGUGUUUAUAACAUAUCGUUGGAGGAGAGCAUGCCGCGUGAUAGUGUGGUGGUCCGACUGAACUGCUCUGAUAAUGACGCGGGUCUUAACGCAGAGCUGAGUUAUUUCAUCACAGGUGGGAAUCAGGAUGGCAAGUUUAGCGUGGGUUUCCGAACUGGUGUGGUCCGGACUGUGGUAAGUCUGGAUCGAGAGACUCAGUCCUCGUACAAGCUAGUGAUUGAAGCGAUUGAUAAUGGUCCAGCUGGGGGCCGGAGGACAGGCACAGCUACAGUGUAUGUGGAGGUGCUGGACGUCAAUGACAACAGGCCCAUAUUUCUUCAGAACAGUUAUGAGACCAGCGUCCUGGAGAACAUACGCGUAGGAACCAGUAUAGUACAGGUUCAGGCCACAGAUGCAGAUGAAGGGGAUAAUGGAAAAGUUCUGUACAGGAUUCUAUCUGGAAAAAGUGGUCAGUUUAACAUCGACCGUCUGUCUGGACUCAUCAGCAGGGGAGACAGAGCUCUGGACAGAGAAACUCGCAGUUCUCAUUUGCUGGAGGUGGAGGCCUACAACAGUGACCAGGGUAGCAUGCGCAGCUCUGUCAGGGUGAUUGUGUAUGUGGAGGAUGUGAAUGAUGAGCCUCCAGACUUCACUCAGUCGCAGUACAAUCGUCUGGGGCUCAGAGAGACCGCUGGGAUUGGAACAUCAGUGGUAGUGGUCCGAGCUACAGACCCUGACACAGGGGAUGGGGGUGCUGUGGCGUACGCUCUGGUCUCAGGUUCUGAUCAUAAAUUUGAGGUUGAUAUAAGUACAGGUCUGGUAACCACAGUCGACUACUUGGACUAUGAGACCAAGACCAGCUACCUAAUGAACGUGUCAGCCACAGAUCAGUCACCGCCAUUUUACCGGGGAUACUGCACGGUCUACGUCACUUUACUCAAUGAACUUGACGAAGCCGUGGCCUUUCUAUCAGCCGGUUAUGAAGCAUCGCUAAGGGAGAAUAUCGCUACGGGAACCGAGGUCGUCCAAGUGAAAGCACAGUCGGCUGAUAAUCUGAACCAGCUGACAUACAGAUUUGACCCCGACACCUCACCUGCCGCCCUGGCACUCUUUAAGAUUGACAGCGUCACGGGUCGUAUUACAGUGACAGGACUGUUGGACAGAGAGCAGGGCGACUCGUACACGCUCACUGUUGUGGCUGAUGAUGGAGGUCCCAAGAGAGACUCCACUGUGAAAGUGUCAAUCACCAUUCUUGAUGAGAAUGAUAACAGUCCAGAGUUUGACAUCACUUCUGAUUUGUCGGUGAAUAUUCCAGAGGACACACCCAUUGGCCAGAGAGUGGCAGUGGUGCUAGCGCGGGACAAAGACGCUGGAAGAAAUGGACUGGUAAAUUUCACUUUAAUUGCGGGGAACAUGCAGGAUGUGUUUAAGAUCAACACAGCCAAUAACACGUAUGGAGAGAUUUACCUUAACGCCCGUCUGGACCGUGAAGCCGUGGACCGUUACCUGCUUAAAGUACGGGCAAUGGAUAAUGGCUCCCCUCCGAGGUUCAUGGAUCUUUCGCUGACAGUGAAUAUUCUGGAUGUGAAUGAUAACCCUCCCAUACUGCAGAGCCCUCGUGGCUACAACGUCAGCAUCAGUGAGAAUGUGGGGGGUGGUACGUCAGUCUUGCGCAUUGUAGCAACAGAUCGUGACAUUGGACCCAAUGCCAUGCUGUCCUACUACAUCAUUGGUGGGAACGUGGACCUGACCUUCAGAAUGGACCGCAUGACUGGAGAAAUAGUGACACGACCCUCACCUCCUGACAGAGAAAAACAACAGCAGUAUACACUCACUGUGACGGUGGAAGAUGAUGGCACACCACCUUUAUCCACGUCCACCACCGUGUGGGUGCGUAUCAUAGAUGAAAAUGACAACGCACCUGUGUUUCCAGAGGAAGACUAUGUGACUGAGCUCAAAGAGGGGCCAAACACUGUAGGAGCCACCAUCGCCACGGUUACUGCCAUCGACCCUGAUGAGGAACUCAAUGGAACCAUCCGUUAUGCCAUCCCCAAGGGCAACCUGGCCCAAACGUUUCAAAUCAAUGCCAUAACGGGUCAGAUUGUGGCCAUAAAGGAGCUGGAUUAUGAGAUCAGUAGUGGUCAUUAUGUGCUGAUGGUCACGGCCACAGAUCAGUGUCCAAUACCUCUGUUCAGACUCACCUCCAGCACCACAGUCCUGGUCAAUGUGGUAGACUUGAACGAUAAUGCGCCCAUCUUCCCGCAUCAGUUUGAGGGUCCGUUUGAAAUACCAGAGGGUCAGCCAGGCCCACGUGUCUGGACCGUUAAAGCCACGGAUGCUGAUUCGGGAUCGAAUGGAAAAGUGGAGUACAGCAUCACUGCAGGGGACCUGAAAAAUGAGUUUGUUAUUUCUUCAGUUGAGGGCGAGUUGAGAGUGAGGAGGGAUGUAGAGCUCGACAGAGAAACUAUUGCCGAUUACAACAUCACCAUUACUGCCAAAGAUCUGGGAACACCAGCACUCACCAAUACGGUGGUGGUGGGCGUACAGGUGUUGGACAUUAAUGAUAAUGACCCUGUCCUGCUCAAUUUACCAUUUAACACCAGCGUGAGCGAGGGAGCACCCAUUCAAACCUCCAUUGCUCAAGUGCGGGCACUGGACUCUGACAGCGGCCGCAACGCUCUGCUCACGUUCAACAUCACCGCUGGAAACACAGACGGAGCGUUCUACAUUAAUGAGACGUCAGGUGUGGUUCAGGUGAACAGACCGCUGGAUAGAGAGAGAGUGCCUGAAUACAGUCUGACCAUCACCGUCAAAGACAACCCAGACAACCCCCGCAUCGCUCGGAGGGACUCAGAGUUGUUGGUGAUCACUGUGCUGGAUGUGAAUGACAACAGACCCAUCUUUACACAGUCCAGCUACAGGGGAGAGAUCAUUGAGAACUCGCCCACAGGCACUACUGUGUUGAUUCUGAACAGGCCUGUUCUGGCAGAGGACAGAGAUAUUGGGGAGAAUGCAGUGGUGAGGUAUCGUCUUCUGGGGGCCAGAGUUGACCUCUUCUCCAUAGACACCCGCACAGGGGUAGUAUCAGUGCGUGGGGGUGCUGUGCUGGACAGGGAGGCGUUCUCUGAGCCGCGGGUGGAGUUGUUGCUGCUCGGGGAGGAUGUGGGAGGUUUAAACAGCAGUGUUCCUCUCACCAUCACCAUCCUAGACUGCAACGACAACCCACCUGUGUUCAGUCCUUCCAGCUUUACUAUACGACUUCCUGAGAACAGUCCCACAGGUGUGGUGGUAACGCAGCUGUCAGCGAGUGAUGCUGAUGCGGGCUCUAAUGGUUGGCUGCAGUAUCGGUUAGACACCGGUGCUCAAGACCAUUUUAUCGUUGACACUCUCUCCGGCGCCGUUCUGGUCAGCAAUGCUACACUGGACAGAGAAGAGCGCAGCUCGUACCAACUGGUUGUCAUAGCAACUGACCGAGGCACGGCCCCUCUCUCUGGGACAGCGACGCUAACAGUCGUCCUCGAUGAUGUAAAUGACUCUCGUCCUCGUUUCAUUCGGCCUGUGCAGACUAUAAGUGUUAACGAGUCAACUCCUCCAGGAGAGGUUGUUGCCACGCUAACCGCCGAGGACCCUGACCUACGACCCCGCCUGGAGUAUUACAUCAUUUCUGUGGAAGCAAAGGAUGAUGGGAAUAAUGCGGUGGAUGGGCUGCAAGAGUCUUUUGGGAUUGACUUUCACACAGGUGCUGUGUUUGUACGAAAUCCCUUGAACAGAGAGCUGGUUGCCACUUUUGAGAUCAUCGUUUCAGUUCAUGACAAUGCCAGUGAUGUCAUUGACAUGUCUGUCAGUGUACCCAAUGCCAAACUGACCAUCAACAUUCUGGAUGUUAAUGACAACACUCCUCGUUUCCGUCCUUUCGGUGUGGCAAACUUUUCUGAGAGGAUUCUGGAGGGUGCCCAGCCUGGAACCACGCUCCUGUCAGUGACGGCUGUUGAUCCUGAUAAAGGACCUAAUGGACAGAUCAUCUACCAGCUUCUGCAUCUGCCCCGUGGAGACUACAUAAGACUGGAAGACCCAUCUACAGGUAAAAUUUUGGCCAAUCGGACAGUAGAUUAUGAACUGGUGCAGUGGCUAAACUUCACUCUGCGUGCUCAGGAUCACGGCACACCACCCCGCUUUGCUGAACUUCCUGUCUAUCUGCGUAUUGUAGAUGUCAAUGACAACAACCCAGUCUUUCAACAACCUUUGUACCAGAGGUCCUUAUUUGAGAAUAUUGCACUCGGCACCAUUAUUGUUAGUGUUAGUGCGACAGAUGCAGACUCCGGCCUGUUUUCUGUCAUUGAAUAUGGACUAGUGGAUGGAGAGGGCAAGUUUGGCAUCACACCCACUACGGGUGACAUCUACAUUCUUUCUCCUCUGGACAGAGAGACCAAAGACCGUUACACUCUCACAGCCUACGCCAGAGACAACCCCGGUGGAAGUCCCAACAACCGCAGAGAAAACUCAGUCCAGGUGCAGUUGACAGUUAUGGAUGUGAAUGACUUUCGUCCUCACUUCUCCGAGAGAGUGUUCAGCACUAGUGUGUUUGAGAAUGAGCCUGUUGGUACAUCAGUGAUAACACUGACAGCCACAGACCUUGAUGAGGGAGAGAAUGCAUUACUCACCUACAGUCUCCAGGGCCCUGGAGCAGAUGCAUUCUCUCUGGAUCCUGACACGGGGCUAAUGCGCUCGCUGCGGUUACUGCAGAGUUUUGAACAGUUUAAUCUGACUUUGGUGGCAACUGAUCAUGGCAGACCUCCGCUCUGGGGCACAGCUAGUCUCCAAAUCACUGUCAUAGAUGUCAAUGAUAACAGGCCUGUCUUUGUGCGGCCUGCCAAUGGCACUAUCAUGCACAUACUGGAGGAACAGCCUCCUGGGCUAGUGGUGUAUGAAGUUUUUGCCACAGACGAGGAUGAGGGGGUGAACGGAGAGGUUCGCUACAGUUUCCUGCAGACUGGAGCGGGAAACAGAGACUGGGAGAACUUCCAUAUUGAUGCAGUGACUGGAGUGAUCAACACUGCAGUUAAACUGGACCGAGAGAAACAAGCUUUGUACAGCCUGGUCGUGGUGGCGUAUGAUCUUGGACAACCUGUUCCGUAUGAGACCAUGCAGCCACUGCAGGUGGCACUGUCUGACAUCGACGACAACGAGCCUGUCUUCCUUAAACCUCCGAGGGGAAGUUUGCCAUAUCAGUCUCUGUCUGUACCUGAGCAUUCAUCUCCUGGGACUGUCGUUGGUAAUGUGACUGGUGCAGUCGACGCGGACGAAGGCUCAAAUGCUAUCGUCUACUAUUUCAUCGCAGGGGGUGAUAGCGAGGGAAACUUUGGUAUGAGUGUGGCCGGCGUUUUGCGGGUCAAGAAAGAGCUGGAUCGAGAAUACAUUCCAUUGUAUUCCAUCAUCGUUAAAGCCUCCAGUAACCGCAACUGGUCUCCUCCAAGAGGUCAACGGUCACAGCGAAUCAAACUGCUUGACCCAAGCCGUGACCCUACGUUACAGGAAGUAAGAAUCUUUCUAGAUGACAUCAAUGACCAGCCUCCCAGGUUUACCAAGCCGGAGUACACAUCAGGUGUGGCUGCAGAUGCAAAGGUGGGCUCUGAUCUGGUCCGAGUUCAGGCGAUUGACAAUGAUAUUGGGAACAACAGUCUCGUUCUUUAUCACAUUCUGUCCAUCCGCUACAUCAAACUACAGUCUAACAACUCUGAAGACAUGGGCAACGUCUUCAUCAUUGGAGAAACUGACGGCAUCAUCCGGACAUUUGACCUGUUCAUGGCAUAUGGUCCGGGUUAUUUUGUGGUGGAGGUGUUGGCGAGAGAUCUCGCUGGUCAUAGUGACGUGGCUUUGGUGGGCAUUUACAUUCUGAGAGAUGACCAGCGGGUGAAGAUCAUCAUUAAUGAGAUACCAGAGCGUGUGCGGCUGUUUCAGGAGGAGUUUAUAAACCUGCUCUCAAACAUCACAGGAGCCAUAGUCAACACUGAUGAUGUUCAGUUUCAUGUUGAUAAAAAGGGAAGAGUGAACUUUGCUCAAACUGAUAUUCUGAUUCACGUGGUCAACAAGCAGACCAACCGAAUUCUGGAGGUGGAAAGGGUGAUUCAGAUGAUCGAUGAGAAUAAGGAGCAGUUGAGGAAUCUGUUUCGAAACUACAACAUCCUGGACGUUCAGCCUGCCGUGACCGCACGCGCGCCUGAUGACCUCACCACCUUACAGAUGGCCAUUAUCAUUUUGGCAGUGUUACUCUUCCUUGCUGCCAUGUUGUUUAUCUUGAUGAAUUGGUAUUACCGCACAGUGCACAAGAGGAAGCUGAAGGCAAUCGUGGCCGGCUCCACAGGGAAUCAGGGGUUGAUGGAUAUCCUUGAUAUGCCCAAAACUAACAACUACACAUUUGAUGGAGCGAAUCCAGUGUGGCUGGAUCCUUUCUGCAGGAAUCUGGAGUUAGCUGCGCAGGCAGAACAUGAGGAUGACCUGCAUGAAGACCUGAGUGACAUCACUGACCUGUGGAACAGCCCAGCACGCACACAUGGUACAUUUGGACGUGAGCCUCAGGCCUCUAAACCAGAGGACGACAGAUAUCUACGAGCUGCUAUUCAGGAAUAUGACAACAUUGCCAAACUAGGGCAAAUCAUGAGGGAGGGGCCCAUCAAGGGCUCGCUGCUCAAUGUGUACCUGAGACUCAAAAAGCUGUUUGUCGCUCGCUUGGUCACCAAGUCAACCGGCCACGGUGACCAGUCAUCAGUGACAGAGUUGAUCCAGAGUGACCUGGAUGAUGACGAUGAUGAGCGUGUUGGUCGAGGAACCCUACGCUUCAAGCACAAAUUCCCAAUUGAGCUAAGGGGUCCCGAUGGGGUGCACGCCGUUCACGGCAGCACAGGCACACUUUUGAACUCUGACCUCAACAGUCUGCCUGAAGAUGACCAGCGGGCCUUGGCACGCUCCCUCGAAGCAUUGCAUGCCGAAGGUGGACUGUAUGCUGAACAAAAUGCCCGAACAGAAUCAGCCAAAUCGACACCAUUACACAGAAACAAGGGCAGCGAUACUCUGUCUGAGAGUCCCUUAGAGAUCACGGAAUUAUGACUAGCAGAGGCCUCGCUGGUCUGAGACAAGUAACAUCGUGCACGCCUCUCCUGGCUCUGUAUUGUUCGUAGUAAAUACUUUCCUGCGGUGUGGAGAGGAGUUCAGGUUUGUAAGGGCCAGGCGUGAGGAAAGUGUAGAUGUGUGUGGACCAGGAAUACCCAAAUCGAGGGAGGUACAAAGACCUCAGAGUCAGUCUGUCAGGGUUAUUUCAAGAGUGCCGAGACUCAAACCACACACACUCACACUACAAACGAUAAACAAAUGCACUCUCAGACCAGUGGAAGGCCAAACAUGGACACUAGUUUUAAUCUAGUUAGUUUUUCAUAUUUGAAGGGGCACCAAGAAAUAAUUUGAGGAAGAAUAAUAAUAAUAUGAACGGAUUAUGAGUGUGUAUCUCAAGGGCUUUUCACACAGUGGCUGUUUUAAUCCCAGUUUAAGGCCACUUUUAACCCUGGAAUAUGGUUUCACUUUUUUCUUUUUUUUUUUUUACAUACAGUAACUCUCUCCCAAACAGGUAUGUAGCAUUGUCAGGGGUCUACAGUGUUAAACAACAUGGUGCUUGCAGAGUUGUUCAAAAGCAGACAACCUAACAAAAGCGAAGCAUAUUCAUGCACAGUGACUACACUGCUCUUGAGUGGAGACAGUAUUAUUGUUAUAUUUUAGAGGACUUAAAGGUGAUGCUUAAACAUCUUCUCCUAUCCCAGUUUAUGCAGAGACAACUAUAAUUAAGCCAUUUGUAGGUUGAUUGUCUUUGAAAAGCACUGUGGGGUUUCAUUUGUUUGACCAACCCAACAUAGCUACAGUGGCUCAACCAAUAGAAUGAGUUUGAGAUUUGAAGUAUCCGUUUGGUCAUUUUCAGUAAAUGUGAAAGUGAUUAUUUUCUCAUUUGUUUUUAUCAUGCUAGGACUAAUUCAUACCCACUCACCCUGUGUAAAGUAUAAACAGUUUGAAAUGUUGAACAAAAUAACCCAGAAUUACAUUAACCCAUGUCACCUUGAAAAUGAACCUUGAUCUUUUUAGUGUGAAAAGCCCAUCAGAUAUAAAGAGAGAAAAAAAGACAAAAGUUAUCUAAUAGAAUGUUCAGCAAGCUGCUUUUACUGGUGUUCUUUUCAGACAAAACAUUUAUGGAGAGAACAAAUUUAAAAGGCAUUCUAAAAGUAUUUGAAAGAACUACAUCACUGAAAGUUAUGUGGACUACAAAAAAAGAAAAACUGGAAGGCUACAUUCAAGAUGGACAAUUAUUUUAUGGACCAAUGAGAAAACCAGUAAGCAGACCAAACACGGUUUCCACUGAACUUAUUGAAGCCAGAGGUGUGUCUGGUCAAAUGGGCAGCAAAGAAAAUGCUCUUUUAAUUUUUUCGCUUUAACUGUGGGACUUUUUAAAUAAUGUGUUUCAUUAAACGGCAGUGAAACUGAACUGGGGCACUGAAGCUCACAAGAUCAACAAAUCUUUAGAUGGUGGAAAUCAUCUUUGAAAGGGAAAAAAAAAUAAAGUUAAGCUAAAACGUUUCUGCCCAGCCAUUGACAGAAAACUGCAGCAUAAGAGGGGUUAUAACACCAUGUUUUUAUUUUCCUUUAAUUUUUUAUAUAUAUAUAAAAAAACAAAGACUACUAAAAGUAUUUUUGAAAAACAAAAAUGCUGAUCUACCAACCAGAGUUGUGUAUAAAUGGUCGUAGUGUAUUUUCCAACUUAUUUUAUAGCAGAUUACUUUAACUGUCUUGUAUGUUGUAUGGCAUUAAUUAAUAUAGUCCCCAUUGUUGUCUCGUCACCAGCGAUGAGGCUGUAGAUGGAAAAACCUUUGUGGAUCAUGUUUGAAUAAAGGAUAUGCACCAGUUCUGCCUUGAGGUCAUAAAGAUACAAUAUUAAAUCAAUCCAAAAGUCGUCAUGGCGACAGCAUUCCUCUAUGUACUGGCGCACAGUGACAGGAUAUUAAAAGAUAGUUUGCAACAUGACACAGCACUCAGAAACACAUAUUUCUCUGGAUAAAAUUAUGAAUUAAGUCCUAUUAAAUAAAUCCCCUCUUCAAUUUCAGCCUCCAUUUAAUUUUUAGUAUAUUAUAUUGAUAUAUACCAUCAGCCCAAAGUUGUUCAAAACUAUUUGUUUAUAUUUAUAUUGCAUUGAGAUGAUAUAUUCCUCUUUUAUAAUGUAAUGCAAAUGAAUACAAAUAUUCCUCUGCCAUCUUGUGGCACUUGUACCAUAAUACAAUACU